UUGUGUGUGUAUUUGGAUGAAUAAGCCUGACCGUGAUUUUGUCUGAGUUUUUGGAGUAGAUCUGAUUGUUCCGAGUUUUGCGUGGAUGAUUGUUGAUUUUUCAUCGGCUUUGACUCUACGCUACUUUAGCUUGUCUCGGAUUGGAUUCUCUAAUUACCGUCUUCCUCUUAACUUUUCCUGUUUUAUCGGUUUGUUCGUUGUUUAAUCCCCUGCUGUUAAGGUCAACGGCGUCGGUUUUGUUGUUUGGAUUUUGGACAUUUGUGUAAAACUCUCAUUCUGUGAUUCUAGUUUGGUAUCCGAUUGAGUUGAAGGAUUGGGAUGGAUCUCGUUGAUUUUGUUCUUCAGAUAGUUAAGUUUUGAUUUAGUAUUGGUCGAUUGAAUUCAAAUAGGGGAAUUCCAAUCGAUUUAUCAACAUACCGGUAAUUAAUGUUGUAGUCUUAGAGUUUGUUGUUGUUUAGGAUACUAUUCCCUCCAUCCAUGGAUUGGAUUGUCUGUUGCCUGCUCUGAAUCUUGAUCUGACAAGGACAAAUCUUAUAGCUGCCUCCUGAAAUUGAGAUGGUUUUCUUGCUACACAUUGUGCUCCAUUGCUGAUUGAUAUGUUUCGUUUAAAGAAGCAUUCUCAAAGUCAUAAUCGCCAGGAUAUUGAUUCUACACAAGAAGACGGAAAGAUCAAUGAACUUAGAGCUGCUCUUGGGCCUCUGUCUAGUCGAAAUUUAAAGUAUUGCACCGAUGCAUGUCUGAGGAGAUACUUGAUAGCUCGAAACUGGAAUGUUGAAAAGUCAAGGAAAAUGCUCGAAGAGACGCUCAAAUGGAGGGCAGCUUUCAAGCCCGAAGAAAUCCGUUGGCACGAAGUAGCAUUUGAAGGCGAGACUGGGAAAGUGUCGAGAGCAAAUUUUUACGAUCGACAUGGAAGAUCUGUGCUCAUAAUGAGACCAGGAAUGCAGAACACAACUCCAUCAGAAGCUAGUGUGCGGCAUCUGGUCUAUCUUUUAGAGAAUGCGAUUAUGAACCUUGGUGAGGGUCAGGAACAAAUGUGUUGGUUGAUAGAUUUCAGCGGAUUUACGAUGAAAACUAAUAUCUCUGUCAAAAUAGCCGGAGAUAUUAUCAAUGUGUUGCAGAACCAUUACCCCGAGAGACUUGCCUUUGCAUUCCUCUACAAUCCACCCAAAUUCUUCCAAGCCUUCUGGAAGGCUAUAAAGUACUUCUUAGAUCCAAAGACAUUUCAAAAAGUAAAGUUUGUAAAUCCGAAAGACAAAGGAAGCGUGGAGCUGAUGAAAUCACACUUUGACAUGGAAAAUCUUCCCAGUGUGUUUGGGGGUAAAGCCACACUCGAAUAUGAUCACCAGCAGUUCUCCCAGAUGAUGGCUCAAGACGAGCUUAAAGCUGCCCAGUUUUGGGGCCUUGAUGAGAACCACCACAUUGUUAAUGGGCCUUCUUCUGGCCCAGAAGUUGCUCCAGAGCCCAUUACUUCAACUAACUGACUUAACUGGUAUGCCUCAUGCCUCCCCUUUACACUCAUAUUUUGAAACUUAUAAAAUAAUCAACAUCUCAUAAGAGCAAAGGAGCUACCCAUACAUAAGUAUUAGUCUCUGCUAACCAACCAUGAGACUGAAUGAGCCUUUUGUACUUUUUAUGUUAACUUAUAAUUCAAUACAGCCCAAUAAUUUAUUAAAAAUAUUAUAUGGAGUGCAUCUUCUGUUGACUUCUCUUGUAUCUGCCCACUCUUUAGAAGAAAAGAAACUCAUAAUAAUUUGUUUA